CUUUCUUUUCUGUUCACCUCUUCUUUUCGCUUGCAUCACCCACUUUUCAAUUUUAUCAUUUAUAUUCAUAUUCAUAUUCACACUUGUUUUCUACACCAUGGAUCAGCUCUUCUCUAGUCUGGCGAUGCAGACUGUACAGCUGGUAGGCAAGGCGGCGUUUGGAGCGGCGAGCACGCUGGCGCUGCGGCGAGUCAAUGAGUACAUCAACCGGGCACCGCAGACGACGCCAGCAGAGCAAGUCGAGGUCGGGCAGUUGCAAGCGCGGUUUGAGGCCAAGCUGCGUGUUGUCACGCCAGCCAUUGAUCUAAUCGAACUCAUCUCCGCGCGUGGGCACUCGACCAUGGCCGGCGUGCUCCAGCUGACGCACGCCCUGCGCAGCGAAGUAGUAGGUUUCGGGGCCAAGCUCGCCAAGCUGGAAAACAAGUCCUCGGACAGUGCCGGUGGGAGCAUUGCUGCGGAUUUGCGCGUGCUCUUGGCUAAAAUUGACGAUGCCGUGCCGCUGCUGAACCUGGCGCUGACAACGUCAGGCAUCCAUCUGGGGGGCACCCUGCCCGAGGGGAUUUCACCCAGCCGGUUGAUGCAGGCGUCCAGGCUGCUGGCGCGCGCAUAUUUGCGUCAUGAUUUUGCCGGGAAGAGCGGCGUUCUGGUGGGCGAGCCCUUUGUUCUCCGCCUGUACUCCCUGUUUGUGGGAUCGGUAAGGCCAAAGUCGCGCCAGGACUUUACCUGGAAGGAGGAGUUUGUUCUGUGCCGGGCUGGCCUGUGGCGCAUUGCUUCUUCUAAGGACGAUGGCAGUGCUUUUGAGUACGAGCUGCGCAUUGUCGAGGAUCUCGACGAUGGCCGGUACCAUGAGGAGCCCACGGAGGCUGCGCCCGAGUGGACAGCAAAGUUUGUCCAGGAGGCCGAGGACAGGGACUUCCGACCCGGCUGUGUGCUGCAAUUCUGCUUGGAUAAAAUAUGCAGCCUGCACUACACAUCGGCUGGUUCGCUCUUGAAUAUCGAAGAAUCCAGCUCGCCAGUGCUGGUCGUGGGCCUUCGAGGAUCCGAUUCGGCGGCAAAGAGCGGCCAGGACACAAAAUGGUACGCCAUGGAGGUUGUGUCCGACCAGGUCGAUCAUUACUCCUCUUCGUCUGCAUCUUCCUCUGCGAGCAGCUCUCGCAGAAACUCUAUUGACGAUACGACCACACAGGGAAACACCAAGUCCAUCACUAGAAAGGCUGUCGAUUCUCUGGCCGACUCGCUUCAUGUCUCGUGCGCAGUGGACAAAGUCACACUGAUCUCGGGGCCCGAUGCCACUGAGGAGCAGCUUGCGAUCAAAGAGGCCUUGCAGCCGGCCAAUUUCCUGGCGCACGAGUGGAACCAAUGUACACUUAGUCUUUUGGAGUACAUGGUUCGUCUGGCUUCCGUGGAAAUGUGCGAACAUAUGUCACAUUUAGAGGUUCCUGAUGAGAAGCUGCGCCUGUAUUUGCUCAGCUCCCCGCCGCCAGACAAAUCCAAUGAGGAUCAUGGUGUGCGGCAGACUAGCCGGUCAGCUUCGAACAAGACUCUGGCAACAAACGCCUGAAUUAUUGCUUGGACCAUUUCUGUUUGUAAUUUGACGACAAGUAGAUCAUGCUUUUUAUUUGUUUUUUCAGUAUAAAUGCAACAAUGCCGCAUGCACAUUUCAUGCACAUUUUCUCUUUUUGAGCUAUAAUUGGAUUGUUCAAG